AUGUCCUGCGGCCCAAACUUGCUGCUGCUGCCACGCAAGGCCCAUCCUUCUCCCCCUCCUCCUCUCCCAGCACGCAGUCUCCGAUUUUCACCUGGAACCGGACAAGAAAACAGCAACAGCCCUGGCGACGAGGGCACCGUGCCGGGCACGGCCCCGCUGCUCCCACUGCCCACGCCGAGCGGCCGGGGAGCAGCGCUGCGCCCCGCAGGGGCUGCACGUCUCCCUCCUCACGUCCUGCUCUGCCCUCCCACGGGGCUGGCUCUGCCUGGCGCUGGCAGGCGCCUCAUUCAGCACUUUGCUCUGCUCCAGGCAAAAAGUGCGGACAGCGCUUUGCUUGCUCGUAAGCAAGAGACCGCGGCGCGGGGCGAGCGAGCAGCAGGGGCAAGUUGCAAGACUGCCGCAAGGAAGAGUUACAAUCUGGUGAAGAAGAAGCUAAACAAGACGGUGCGUGUGGCGCGGCUGCGGGAGGAAGAGAUGCUCCGUGACUCCGCUUCGGCCCCGGAGCCGAGCGGCCCGUGCUGGCCCGGAGCACGCGGGGGAAAAACGGACACCCGGGACACAGACGGCGCGGCCACUCCCGCCGCGUCCGCUGCGUCUUCCCCGGUCCGAGCUCUUCCGCUCGGCAGCGCGGCCCCCGCCCCCGAGCCGCCGGUGUCCCCUUCGAAAGAGGCAACAUCUGGGGAUACCCGGCCCGGGGCGGUUGAGGAGCAGCCGGGGGCCGUUCCUGGCCCCGGGCCGAGCGCUGACGGCCGCGUCUCGCCGGCAGGGAAGGCGCAGCAGGGCCUGACGGAGCGCUACCGGGUGGGUUCGCUGCUGGGGCGCGGCGGCUUCGGCAGCGUCUUCGCGGCGACGCGGCUCUCGGACGGCGCCCCGGUGGCCAUCAAACGGGUGCCACGGAACCGCAUCCACCAUUGGGGCGAGCUGCCCGACGGCACCAGCACACCACUCGAGGUCGUGCUGCUGGACAAGGUGUCCACCGGCUUCCCUGGUGUGGUGCAGCUCCGCGAGUGGCUCGAGCUCCCCAACAACGUGGUGCUGGUGAUGGAGUGGCCGGAGCACUCUCAGGACUUGCUUCAUUUCAUUCGAGCGCGGGGCUUCCUGUCAGAGGAGGUGGCACGGGAGCUGUUCCGCCAGGUCCUGGAGGCCAUGCGGCACUGCACCAGCUGCGGGGUCCUUCACAGGGACCUGAAACCAGAGAACAUCCUGGUUGACCUGGCCACCGGCCAGGCCAAAUUGAUUGAUUUUGGCUGCGGCACCCACCUGCAAGACACAGCCUACACCCGCUUUGCAGGAACACCAUCGUACAGCCCCCCGGAAUGGAACCACUUUGGCUGGUACUACGGCGAGGCAGCGACCGUCUGGUCCCUGGGCAUCGUGCUGCACCAGAUGGUCUGCGGGGAGCACCUGUUCCCGAAGGGCCAGAACAUCAGCUGGGGCCAGCUGUCGCUCCCACAACGGCUCUCUCAAGACUGCAAGGAGCUGAUCAGAUGGUGUCUGUCCCUGCACUCCUUGGACAGGCCCUCAUUAGAAGACCUGUCGUGUGAUCCUUGGCUGCAGGAUAUUCAUCAUCCAUAGAAGAAGGGAGAGAGCCACAGGCACACUUUGAUCCAGGGAGCCACCACAGGGAAGAAGGAGCCCCUGGAGAAGCUGUGCCAGGUGGGGCUGCUGCGUCUGGAGACAUGGAGGACGAUGUCAAGGAUGACAAGCUCUUCCUCGACCUGGCCACCGGCAAGCUGAAGAUGAUGGGCUUCGAUUCUGGCACCUUCUUCAAAGCCAGGCUCCACAGCGAAUUUACAGAUGAGUCCACACCCAGGGGGAUGCUCCCAGAUUUGGGCAUUGCAUGGCCUGGCCGGGAAGCAAAGGUUCCCCCCUUUGCUGGGGCGGAUGCAACUAAUUCUUCAGCCGGCUGCCAAGCUGCUUUUCAGCAGGGCGGGCGGGAUGGGCUGGGGUGCUUACGAAAUGGGAGUCGGCCCCUGGCCCUGCCAACAGCCCCCACCACCCACUGUUCCCCAGGCUGGGGCUGGGGCAGCCAGCCCGAC